AACAACUACAACGCUGUGACUCUACAAAAAACUUUUUUACAUUUUUAUCUUCAAUUCCUCUUCAAAGUCUUUGACACCUUUCGUUCUUUAUUUAAAUUCAAACUACAUGCUGGCAAAAAGGGGGAACUAGUGCCUAGUGACACUGCCCCCUCCCUUCUCUUCUCUAGCGCACAAUAUCCUCUUUCGGACCCAACCAGCCCCCGUGUUUCUGUUAUCUCUGUGGUUUAAGUGUGACACACUCACACACAGCAGGGAUGACAGUCUGGGCAGAUGGUGCUCAGUGUGUGGACUAGAAGCUGAGACAGGCGGAGAGGGACAGACUCCUCGUCCGACAUGGGAUGCUGCAGUGUGACCCAGAGGCAUACUGGAGUGGACGAGGUGGGCCCUGAUGAGAUCGAGCUCCUGGAACUCUCUGGAGACAAUUUAGGGGUGUGGAGUCUGGGAGAGAGCAGGCUUCAGCUGUCAGUGAGGAACAGCAGAGAUGAUCCGCCCCCGCCACCACCGCGCCAGCCUUCAAUACGGCACCAGGAACAAGAGGUGGUACUGUGGGGCAGGAGCAGAGAUGAGUUACAUCACAGGAUUUACUCCUACCAGCCAAUCAGGGAGUGGGAGGGCCAACCUGCCCACAUGUAUGGAGAGAUCAUCCACUCCUCCCUGGUCUCUCUCUACAACAGCUACACACAGGAAACCAGGGAACACUUCCUGGUGUUAUUCUCUUUCCACCUCUUGAUCCUUUCCCUGGACCACGCUCGACAAGACUUCAUUUAUGAGGGCAUCCUUCCUCUUUCUGGACUUUCCUUGGAAGCUGUCUCACUGGACCCUAAUAUGUCACAUUCACCAUACAUGUUUGAGAUCAGCGGUCCAAUGUUGGACUCCAAGGUCUUCAUAUGCUCCAGUGCUGCAGAGCUACAGAAAUGGAUGCAACACAUAGAAGACAGGAGAUACAAGUCAACGGCACAACCCAUGAGUCCCUCCCACUGCGCUCUCUCCUAUCUUUUACCCUGUGAUGAGCACUGGAAAAGAGAAGAACUGAAAAAGUACUUACUACAAGCUCCCAUUUGGCAGUGGGAGGGGUCGCCUAUACAGCACAUGGGUCAGCCAGGAUACAUAUCUAUGGUCCAUAUCAUCAACACACAGAGACAGGGACUCCAAGAAAGACUGAUGGUUCUCUUCCCUCAAGACGUCCUGCUGCUGUCAGUGGACAACAAGCGUCUGAAUACAAGAUAUGAGGGCAGGUUGCCCCGACACAGCAUCAAAGCAGUUGAGAGGUCCGCAAUGCCUGGACGGCUGGAGUUUGAGCUGAUAGGUGAGCUGGUGGAGCCGCUGCAGGUCUCUUGUACCUGUCCGGAGGAUUAUCGGAACUGGAUGUUUCAAUUACAAAAGCCAGAUAGAAACGUUACUGUGAGUCACACUGCACCUCCAAUCAUGCCUAAGCUACAGAGGAGCAGGAAGGAGUCCCAGGAACCGAUAACAGCCGACCAAUGCCACAUCAAUGGUCGCAGCUGACUCAUCUGAAUGUGUAAAAGCUUGACUGUAAUUAUAAAUAACAUGUAGAUAGUAUUUACAUAUGACUGUUAUGUAUAAUUGUGCCAGAAAAUAGAGAUACAGCAGUAUGGAGGCUCUGAAAUGUUCUCGCCCAAUUUUGAUUUACUUUGGUGAUUUUGUUACUCUGAGGGUACACACUUUUAGUUCCCUUUAAUGUGGGGACAAAAAGAAACAAGGUCAUGACCCAGUUUAAGGCCAGACCACAGCUGAAUAAAUGUUAGUCUGUAGAGCUAUAGGGGUUACUUGUUGAUGAAAAUACUGAAGCAACUGUACAUAUUUAGCUUUGAUGUCUUUCCUAUUAAAUAGAUAUUUUUUGAUUUUUUCACAAUAAACUUUUUAAAAACUG